AUGAGCGACCUCUCCACCACGCCCGUCACCCAAACUUCGAAUAACAGCUCCUCUGUGCUUUUCCCGUCAGGGCCCGGUCUGCGAAAGGAAAGGGGCGCAAUUGCGGCCCAGGCGUGCGAUACUUGCCGCAGUCGGAAGCAGAGAUGUGACGAACAGAGGCCCAAGUGCGGCACAUGCCAGAAGUUCAAGCUCGAGUGCAAUUAUCGAGAACCCCAGCCGACCAAAAAAGAUAAGACGCUGGUCGAGAUUCUGGAUCGGAUUAAGAACCUGGAAGGCAAGAUUGACAGCCUAAGCCAGCGAGGACUGUUGUCGCCUUCAACCUCGGUUGGCCCACCGCUACAGACUAGCGCAAUACCUCCGGCCGCGCCUCUUGCACCUGCUCCCGAUCUGGGGCCAUCUAUUCCCGCGUCGGCGUUUCAAUUCCCUACCACGUCCAGCACAGCAUCAGGGGAAGAGGGACACUAUCAAUAUGUCUCUUCUGUGUAUCAAGUGCUGAAAUGGCCAGCCAUACAACGACACUUGGCUUCCAUACAGCCAAAGCUGCACAGGGUUGACCUCUCGGCGCUCGAAAGAGAUGGCCCCGCCAGCAUGAUGGCUCCCUAUCGCUCCUUGAACCAGGAGGCCUUGCCAACAGACACUUCAGCAAGCGUUGCGCGAGGCCCUGGCCUGAGCAUACACAACGCUGUUCCGGGCCAGGUUCCAAUGCCCACGCUGGAUCUGAGUUGGGACACGGUGCAGAGAUUGAGCAAGGCUUACUUCGACAGCAUCAACCUUUUCUUUCCCAUCCUCAGCCGCGAGUCCUUCAUGUCCGAAACGCUGCCCGCUGUUUUCAACCACGGUUUCAGCGAGAGUAUGUCGGCUACCAUCGCUUAUCUUGUCUUUGCUUUAGGCGAAGCCGCACUUGCAGGUGCUGAUGGCAUUCCGGUACACAUCUAUAACGGUCAUGCGAGCGGCGUAAGAGGAGGGACUAAGGAACGCCCUCCUGGACUCGACUAUUUCAACGAAGCCAGACGACGCAUGGGCUUUCACCUCUCAGAAUGCAGCCUGGAAAACGUCCAGAUGUUUGCCCUUGCAAGUGCUUAUUAUGGAACAUGCUUCCAUUAUAUGGGGCUUUGGAGGAUGACGACGUCGGCUUCGCUAGCGUGUCAAGCGCUCGUGACCAGUAACCCGAAUUCUCUCUCUUCCCCACAGGCAGAUCUGAUCCGGCGGGCCUUCUGGCACUGCUCCAUCAUGGAGACUGCCCUGAACCUAGAGCUCUGCGUUCCAUUGACGGGCUUGGAGCGGAUGGGAUCUGUCGUUGGACUUCCCGACUUCAGCGGCCCGUUUUGCGAGGAGGACUACAUCAGCAACCAGGAGUCGCAUUUUCAGGAACACUUUGCCUCCCAAAUUGUCUUGAGGCGUCUGUUGGUUGACUUCCAUGGCACUUUGAGUCAAAAUACCGGUGGAACCUCGUCUUUGGCGCCAGCUUCAACGCCAUUUACCCCCUCGACAACCAGCCCGGGACUCAGCCAAGUCACGAUACAGCAGCUUGCCCUGCAGUUGGAGCAAUGGCGCGGCAUGCUCCCCGCUUACCUCCGGUGGCAGGAGGAUUCUCCGGGGGCUUUCCCCAACUCCACCACCGACUUGUACAAUACUUCCCUCUACACCCCGGCUACUACCCCUAUAACGCCCCCUAUGCCGACAGCAACGACGUCGCAGCCAGCAGCUCCCAGCGCAACAGCGCCCCUAAUGUUCACCACCGACCUUGACGCCAUCCCGCCGCGAUACUCGUAUGCUCUUGACGUCCAAGUCGCCCUCUUGCGCUCGCGCUAUUACUACACCAAAUACUUGAUCCACCGCCCUUUUUUGUACAAGGCUUUGCAUUACCCGGAUGCCAUGGUACAUGAAGACGCAGUCGGCGUGGCAGAGUGUUUGAAAUCUAUGCUUAAAUGGCCGGUUGCCAUGUCCCCGACUUGCAGGCACAAGCGACUCGUGCCGUGCUUGUUCUUCUUCACCCAGAACUUCUUCGGCAUUUUGGUGUUGCUCCACCUGACCACAACCGUACCGAUCCUAAGACGGAUCCGCAGCACGCUAUGUGGCGAGCGAUUUGAGCUGGAUGCUGGGGAGACUGUGGGUCUCUACCUGGAUUGGCUUAGGGACUUGAAGGCUAUUGACCCUGGCGCAGCAUGGCAUUGGGAGGUUGUGAAGGCUAUAUAUGAGCUGGAUGAAUGA